GCAUAUUUUUACAAUCGCACUUUAUGGCACAUGUGAAUAUGCGUCGGAAAGUUGAUACAAUAUUCAAGGGAUCAAGAAGGCUUGCACAACUAAUGGCCGUGAUAGAAAAAGAUGUUACAUCAACACAAAUUUUUUGCAAAUCAGAGAGAGGGUUGAGGGAGGACGGAAGUGGCAGUGAAGAACAUCCAAUACAAGUGUCCAAACAUGAAGGAAACUUAUCAGCCACAUUUUUACAGUCACACUUAAUAAUACAUGUGAUGAUGCGAUUGACAGUAGCAAGAAGAUUUUCGGGAUUAAGAAGGCUUGUGCAACUAAAAGCAGUGUUUACAUCGGUAAUGAGUGCUGUCGGUGUAGAAUUCGAUGGGUUGGGAGUAUUUGUGUUGGGUUUUGAAUUAGAAUUUUUAGGUGCAAUCAGUGCAGUCAGUGUAGAAUUAGAUGGAUUGGGAUGGGAGGUAGCAUUUCUGUUGGGCUUUGAAUCAGGAUUGUUAGGUGCAAUCAGUGUAGAAUUGGAUGGAUGGGCACCCAGUGCAUUGUUGGUCGGCACAACAGUAGCUACGCCCAUUACCGGUCGAACAGCAACCAUGCAGGCAAUCACCCACAUAUUUGCAAAUUCUGUUACCACAUUGAAAGAUAGAGCCAGGAUCGCAAUCUGA